AGGGUCAGGAAGGAAUUUUCUUCCUCUGGUGAACUGGCCAAGGCUGGGUGCUUUGCUCCUUCCACGCUCUCUGGAAGGCUGAGCAGAAGUGCCAUGGGCACCACACCUGUGACUGCUGCCUCUGACUCGUGUGAGGGCAAGAAGCCCACCGGCCUGGCUCUCUGACGGUGUGGACCCUCCCUGUGCCACCUUGGGUGAUGCUGGACUCAGUGACACACGGUACCUUCCUGCCCAACGCGAACUUCUGCGACCCACUGAUGUCGUGGACCGACCUGUUCAGCAGUGAAGAGUACUAUCCUGCCUUUGAGCAUCAGACAGCCUGUGACCCCUACUGGACGUCUGUCCACCCCGAGUACUGGACGAAGCGCCACGUCUGGGAAUGGCUCCAGUUCUGCUGCGACCAGUACAAGCUGGACGCCAACUGCAUCUCCUUCUGCCAUUUCAACAUCAGCGGCCUGCAGCUAUGCAGCAUGACACAGGAGGAGUUCAUCGAGGCAGCCGGCAUCUGUGGAGAGUACCUGUACUUCAUCCUCCAGAACAUUCGCUCACAAGGUUACUCCUUUUUUAAUGAUGCUGAAGAGACCAAGGCUGCCAUCAAAGACUAUGCUGACUCCAGUUGCUUGAAAACAAGUGGCAUCAAAAGCCAAGACUGUCACAAUCAUAGUCGAACAAGCCUCCAAAGUUCUCAUCUAUGGGAAUUUGUACGAGACCUGCUUCUGUCUCCUGAAGAAAACUGUGGCAUCCUGGAAUGGGAAGAUAGGGAACAAGGUAUUUUUCGGGUGGUUAAAUCCGAGGCCCUGGCAAAGAUGUGGGGACAAAGGAAGAAAAAUGACAGGAUGACGUAUGAAAAGUUGAGCAGAGCUCUGAGGUACUACUACAAAACAGGAAUUUUGGAACGGGUUGACCGAAGAUUAGUGUACAAAUUUGGAAAAAAUGCACACGGGUGGCAGGAAGACAAGCUAUGAUCUGCUCCGCCAUCGAGCUCAUUUUUUGGAUUUCUGUCUCUUAAAAAACAAGCAGAUUGCAAUAGACAUUUGAAAGUUGUUUUGUUUUUGUUUUUUAACGUGCAAACAUGCUGAUAAAAUUUCUCCCCAUCUCAGCUUACAUUUGGCUUCAGAAUCAUUGUUGUCUCCUUGGGGGUGAUGGCAGUAACCCUGGAGAAAUUCUUUUUUUUUUUUUUUUUUUUAGCCAAGGGAAGGAGGGGGUGACCUUUGGUGGUACCUUGAUCAGACCUGACUUCCCUAAUCAAGAGCUGCAGAACCACAAUUGCCAGUGCCAUUGGUGCUGCUCAGAGAAAAAGUUCUUUUUUGUUUUUGUUUUUUGUCUUUUCAGGGCCGCUCCCUCGGCAUAUGGAGGUUCCCAGGCUAGGGGUCAAAUCAGAGCUGUAGCCCUUGGCCUACGCCACAGCCACUGAAAGGCCAGAUGCGAGCCUCAUCUGCAACCUACACCACAGCUCGUGGCAACUCCAGAUUCUUAACCCACUGAGUGAGGCUAGGGAUCGAACCUCAUGGAUACUAGUCAGUUUCGUUUUCACUGAGCCACGACGGGAACUCCAGGAUUCAGUUCUACCAUCAGAGACUUAUCCCGGGCUCCCAUUCCAAAGGCUCAGAAGUUUUCACAUAUUUAACUAUGGCACCUCACAAAGAAAAAAAAAAAAAGGUGAUUAGUUUGUAGUUAAUAGAGGGGGUGAGAUGUAAGACAAACACUGUAGAUUUUAAAUCAUUAAAGUCAAAUUCCAUAGGGAGGUUUCUUACUGAGUACAAGAGCUACGCCAUCAAGCUGGUACAUAAUGGGAUUCAGUACGUUCAAAGUAAGUUUCUUAACCAGAACAUCGUUUCAACCCCUCAGCAAAACACCCGUGGCCGUCCUUCUGGAGGAACACACUUGAAAUCAGGCAUGUUCUUGAUUCUUGCUGAGUUUAUCCCCCCUCUUUUCCUAUGGUGGGGGCAUCAGAGAUGCAAAGAGUUAGUCAACAGAUACUUGCAUCCAUUUCCAAUUCACCGCUGUGUCUAUGAUUCAAGCUGUCGACCCCAGAACAUCGUAAUUCACGGAGGAUUCUGUCUGUGGUCUAAACCUUUCUAGAACUGGGAAUGUCCUGACAGCGCGGUAACAGCCAAUGAAAUUAUGAAUCUCUUUGGUGUAUCUUCCUACCUGAUGUGCGUGCAAGCUCUAAGACACAUAUUUCCUUGACGAAUAUAGUGAUGGUGGAUUUAUACCAGUGAAUGUUCAUGGUUGAAAGUCUGCACUGACAUUUUCUCAUCAGUUGCUGGUAGGUAGUUGAGCCACUAGUGACCUCGACCAGGUGAACUGCCCAGGACCCCAAGUGCCCCAGAGCAGGAAGCUUCACGUGACCAGGCGCUGAGCCAACAAUGCAGACCCGGGGCCUCCAUUCUUAGCGUUUCAUGGCAUAAGUGAUGUGUUUUUAAAAAAUGUGAAUGACUGUAAAAUAAUCUAUUUUUGGAUGCAUGUGUUUUCCAGGUGGAUACAGUUUGUAAACAAUGUGAAUAAAAUAUUUAACAUGUUA